AUGCUUCCCAGACUUCAACAAACCCUCUCACACCUCGCGCCAGCCGAGCCCGGAGAGCGGAGCCUGCCCAGCUUUGACGAGCUGCCCAAGUUCCGCGGGAUGACGGGUUGCGCCUGGAAUGUGUGGGGAAAGGGAGACCAACUCGGGACUGUCAAUAUGCUCACGGACGUCGUUGUGAAGCGGGCGGCUCAGGAGGAGAUCAGGACUGGCCAAGCUGUUUCUUUGAACUGGCCUAUCAACUUCCCUGAGAAUCCCGUGUUUGGACGACGAGCGCCGGAGAUCAAGUCACAUUUUCAUGGAAUAGGCGGCGGCAUCCAAGACGAUGAAAUUCAUAUUAAUACGCAGUCUGGCACGCAAUGGGACUGCUUCAAACACUUUCCUAUCUUAAAGCACAGAAUUAUCUACGGCGGUCUCGUGACUGACGACUUGCCGACCGGUCGGUUCUCCUUCCCUGACCCGAUGAACAUCGAUCCCGAGAUCGUCAAGAUGGGUGUGCACAAUUGGGCGCAACACGGCAUCUGCGGGCGUGGCGUCUUUCUCGAUCUCGUCGAGUUUUACACCAAGAACGGCGGUGCGCUCCCGUACGACCCGUGGACCACGCACCCCAUCUCCGUGGCCGAGCUGGAGAGCUGUGCACGAUCUCAAGGGAUCACAUUUCGCUAUGGUGAUAUCCUUAUCCUCCGCGUAGGGUUCAUACAGAAGUACAAUCACGAAAGCAACGAGGCGCGGGCGGCGCUGUCCGAGCGCCCCGAGACUUUCGCUGGGAUAGAGCAAAGCGAGGACAUGAAACGGUUCUUGUGGAAUAAUCACUUCGCGGCGAUAGCGUCUGAUCAGCCGUCGCUUGAGGCUUGGCCAUGCACUGGCGAGUACAUGCAUGAGACGAUUCUCUCGUUAUGGGGUAUGCCGCUCGGCGAACUAUUCGACCUGGAGAAACUGUCGGAAGUGUGCAAGCGAAACGGUCGCUACACGUACUUCUUCUCAUCUUGGCCGUUGAAUAUCCUAGGAGGUGUCGCAAGCCCGCCAAACGCCGCGGCCUACUUUUGA